AUCCGUUUUCUGAGCCGCAUAUCCUCACAAGGGUCACGGGGAGUGCUGAGGCCUAUCCCAGCCGUCAUCGGGCAGGAGGCGGGGUACACCCUCAACUGGUCACCGACCAAUCACAGGGCACACGGAGACGGACGACAGCCGCACUCACAAUCACACCUCGGGGCAAUUUUCGAGUUUCCAAUUCAUGUUUUUGGGACGUGGGAGGAAAGCGGAGUUCCCACCCGGAGAAAAGCCACGCGGGCACACGGAGAACACGCAACGUCCACCCAGGCGGGUCCGGGAUUGAACCCGGGACCUCAGAACUGUGAGGCCAGCGACAAAUGUAACUAUCCAGAUGUGUAUUUUUUUUCCCUUUGCUCAAUGCUUUCACACACAAAAACAAAACAAAAACAAGGCAAGCACUAUUUUCCAUGAAAUGUUCGCAAAGUGGCCACAGGUCCACUGGAAUGAGCGGACAGCCCGUUUGCUGGAUCCACGAGGACUCCACUGAAGACCAACCACGGCGUGUCCGAGCCAAAGUGACGCCAUCGCGUCGGAGGAGCGCCGGGUCCUCUCCCGACUCUCUCCGGCCACGUCGCCCUUUUAGUCCUUUCCAAUCAUUUCUUGGCCGUGCUCGUUUUUGUUUUUUUUUCCUAAAUGACUUUUUGUGUGCCUUCCACGAUGGUGUCCGCACAAUGAGAUGGUGCAAAAUCAUCGUCGUCGUUAUUUUGCAGAACGGCGAUGAUGCAUUUGCGUGAACUUUGUCAGUCUUUAGAUUGCUAAAUGAUUUUCAAAGUUUUCCCCUUUCCAGGCAGUCUGUUGGGAGCCGCUUAUCCACACAAGGGAGCGCUCUUUCCCUGGCAGAGAGGUGACAUUCCUCACCCUGAGCGCCAGCUUUAGGAACCGGGGGUCGACCCGACAGGCGCUUUGUAUCGGUCGUAGGGGUUUAUGGAGGCGUGCUCGACUCGGACCUUUUUGCUGUGGGUGACCCGAGCGAGGGGGGCGUGGAAGGGGUCGAAGCCCCAGACAAUUUUUCUCCCGGGAUGGACGGGACACGCGAACCCCUCCACCACGACAAGGUGACGGCUCGAGGAGGGGGGGUGUCGAAUAUUCAUGCGUUAUCUGAGCCGCGUCAUCGGGUAAAUGUGGACUUGAUAUUAUUUACCAAGUAUGUCGAAAACACACGAGGAAUUCGUCUCAACGCACAUGUCAAGGACGACAACAGGCUGAGUGCUUUUGAAACGUUGCGGGAAAAGUCAGAGAGCAGGAAGGCGCUGAUGGAACAUUAUUUUGUAGUUUUUUUUGGGUUUUUUUUUUUGUCCUCUGGCAUUUUAAAGCGGUCAAAUGCCAAUUCGAGCGAGAGUCCAGUGCAAAGGGUGUUGUCAAGACUGCAGUUUGGAGCGAGUGACGAGUGUUGCGAGAAACUGCGACAGUGUCCAUUGCGCAAAUGUUGGAACUAUUCCUCAGUCGACUGCGGACGUGGCGCUCGAGCGUUCGACGCGCGAUGCGGUGAGUAGUAGACUCGGGUCCUCUGUGGGCCUUUUUGGAGGAUCCGCUUGAUGUUUGUCUGCCGCUUCAGGUCCUGGACUCGGUACCCGAAGGUCUGGACGGUCGGACGGCGCGAGGGGCAGCCGCGGCGAAGUCGGCGAUCGGCGAUCACCUCAACGGCGUUUAGCGGGUUCAGCUCCAGGUCGCGUCGGCCGCACCGGAGCUCCUCUCCGGACGACGCGUGACGGUCUUUUGUGACGCAAAAUAACCCUGUCAGGUUGUGGUCAAGGUCACGUGGUGUCCGAGGCGAAAAGAUGGAUUUUCCCAUUUGUCACCUUCGUGUUUCGCGUGUGUGAUGUCGCCUUCGGGCCACAGGAGGGCAGCAGCGACGCCGCCCGACGAAAAACGCGCUCGUCCGCCGGGCGCCACGGCCAAAACAAAGCUCGGCGCUCGAGUUGCCGAUUUGACUGCGUCGUCGACAUGAGCUCGUUUGCGGGCCGAAUGAAGGAAUAUCCUCACAUUUCUCUCGAUCGCUUCGACCACGAGAACUUGGAGGCGCGCGCCUACUUCCUGUCGCACUGUCACAAAGAUCACAUGAGGGGGAUGAAAUCGCCCAAGAUGAAGAGAAGACUGCGGGCCAGCCGUCGAGUGAAACUGUACUGCUCGCAAGUGACCAAAGAACUUCUGCUGAGCAGCCCAAGUCAUCUCUUCUGGGAACAAUUCAUUGUUCCCUUGGAACUGGAGAGCCCCACGCAGAUUUCGCUGGUGGACGACGCGUCGGGAGAGAGCGAAGAGCUGACGGUCACGUUGCUCCCCGCCGGGCACUGCCCCGGCUCCGUCAUGUUCCUGUUCGAAGGUUGCCGUGGAAACGUGCUGUACACGGGAGACUUCAGGCUGGCGUCGGGCGACGCGGCCAGGAUGGAACAUCUGCACUCGGGCGGCAGGUGCGUCUCCACGCUCGCGCGCGUCCGCGUCCCGCCGUCGCGUGACGGCGUUUGCCCGCAGGGUCAAGGACAUCCGGAGCGUCUACGUGGACUCCACCUUCUUCGACCCGCGAUUCUACCAGAUUCCUUCUCGGGAGGCGUGCGUGAGCGCCAUCUUGCGUCUGGUGGGGGACUGGAUCGCUCGCGGCGCCCUUCACGUGGUUUGGCUCAACUGCAAGGCGGCGUACGGCUACGAGUACUUGUUCGCCAGGCUGGGGGAAGAGUUCAACACGCGGGUGCACGUCAACAGCCUGCGAAUGUUUCGGAGGAUGCCGGAGAUCCUGAGCUACGUGACCGACCGGCGCCGGACGCAGAUCCACGCCUGCCGCCACCGCAAAGACGGCGCCGACUUUUGCGGCGAGCGGCUGCCGUGCGGCGGCGCGUCCCCGGGCGGGGCCGUCCCGCGCGUGCUCAGCGUCAAGCCGUCCACCAUGUGGUUCGGAGAGCGCACCCGCAAAACCGACGUCGUCGUCAGGUGACGCCCGCGCUCUCUGAUCGGCUGAGACGCUUCGGUCAUGAUGAUGAUGAUGAUGAUGAUUCUUUUUUUUUGGGCUGCAGAUCGGGAAGCGCCGCCUUCCGAGCCUGCUUCAGCUUCCACUCGUCCUACUGCGAGGUCAAAGACUUCCUGUGCUACCUGCGACCCGUCCAGGUGUUCCCCAACGUGGUGCCGAUGGGGCGCACCCUCAGCGAGGUCACGCGCAUGCUCCAGAGCACGUGCAGGGAGCCGCCGCGGGAGAACUUCGCAUACAGACCACUGGGGGUGCUCAAACGCAGCCCCGCCACCGCGACGCCGAGCGACUGGGACAGCGACGACGACCUCUUUGACGCCGACGUUCCUCUGAGGAAGAAGCCGACGCCGGGUCGUCACGUCCCGAACGAGCCGGGACCGCGUGACACGGCGCCCCCUGCCCCCGCGGGGGACCCGCCGCAGCCCGUCCGUCGCGACGACCACGCGGACCUUCGGUGCGACUACGUGGACUGCACCGAAUCCAACGACGAUAGCGAGGAGGAUGAGGAGAGUGAGGAAGACGAGGAGAGCGGCGCUAACACGGGAAGCGCCUCCGUCGGGCCGCCUAAAUGGGAGGACUUCUUCGUCGCGGAGCCGCCGCCCGACAGCCAAUCGCAGCCCUGCUCCGCCCCGAGCCCCGCCCCCGCCGGGCUGACGGGCUCGCAGACGCCCGACGCGUUCAGCGAGCGCGAAGAUGACGCGGACGACGACUUCGUCCUCUCGCUGUCCGCCUCCGAUCGUUCCUCGCAGAACCGAGACGACUCGCCCCCCGGGUCCCAGUUGUGGUCAGACUUUGACGUUCCCUGCACGCCGGACUCCAAAAGGCCGGCGCCGGAGCAGCUGGCGCCGCUCUACAGGAAGUUGGCGGGCGGGGAGGACGUUUUCCUGUCCUGAUUCAACGCUUUCCUCCUCGAUAUCAAAGCCGCCUUUCUCGUUGUAACGCUCGUGUCAAAAGAGUUUUGUGCUUGAAAAUGAACAAGACACACGCAGCAGAGGUGUGCCGUUGCCGGCUGAAGUUUACACCGACAAGUCACGGGCCAAAGUAGCGGUGGCCAUAAACCAAUUGCAGUGCCUGCCAGAAUAAAGCCAGAAGCCUUUAAGAGGAUUUGUUUGCUUUUCGAAGGAAUUUGCUUGUCAAUCCGAUUCGCCGCCAGCUCAAAAGUUACGCUGCAAAAAUACGACACACACACACACACACACCAAAGACCAAGUAUGCCGCAAAAACAAGAUGGCGGACACGCCCGGAAGACGUGGCCGCCUCCAGGACGCGCGCAUGCCGCUCAACCAAAGUCGGCCCCGUUGUGUGCUCCCGUGGAAACGGCUCGCUAAAAUCUUGCGCCAUCAGCCCCCCCCCCCAAAAAAAAAUAAACAAAAAA